GACGGCUGUUCUCGCUGACGGGCCCUGCACGCGCUACUGAGCGGCGACCAUGGGCGGGCUGGCCUACCUGAAGACCCAGUUCGUGGUGCACCUCCUCAUCGGGUUCGUGUUCGUGGUCAGCGGGCUCAUCAUCAACUUCAUCCAGCUGUGCACGCUGAUCCUGUGGCCCGUGAGCAAACAGCUGUACCGCCGGCUCAACUGCCGCCUCGCCUACUCCCUGUGGAGCCGCGCAGUCACGGUUCCGCGUGCCCCGCCGCCCCCACGGGGCUCCUCUGCGCACCCCGGCCACUCACCCGCGCUCGCACUCGCCGGUCCAGAGGGCCUGGCGCACGUCAGCGGGCGUGGCCGGGCCUGGGCAUCUUCACCGCCCUUGGCGGCCAGCACGGGGGCAGGCGGCCCUUCCGAGCCUGUGCCCGCGGCCCCCAGCCGGGUGCCGUGCAGGCCCUCUCUGGAGGGUGGUCGCGGCCACAAGGGGCAUGUGGACGUGGUUCGCGCCUACACCCUUGGGGUCACGCUGAACCCGGUGGCCACGCUCAGAGCAGGGCCUCCCCCUCGACGGCAAAGUCCCCGAACGCCCUCGGGUCCCAGGGCGCCUGCGGGGGUCCUGACCCUCCCCGCCUGCCCCUCCCUGCAGAGCUCCAAAGUCCUGGCCAAGAGGGAGCUGCUGUAUGUGCCCCUCAUCGGCUGGACGUGGUACUUCCUGGAGAUCGUGUUCUGCAAGCGGAAGUGGGAGGAGGACCGGGACACGGUCAUCCAGGGGCUGCAGCGCUUGGCCGACUACCCCGAGUACAUGUGGUUCCUGCUGUACUGUGAGGGCACGCGCUUCACGGAGAAGAAGCACCGCGUCAGCAUGGAGGUGGCCGCCUCCAAGGGGCUGCCCGCCCUCAAGUACCACCUGCUGCCGCGCACCAAGGGCUUCACGACGGCGGUGCAGUGCCUCCGGGGGACAGUCGCAGCCGUGUAUGACGUCACGCUGAAUUUCCGCGGAAACAAGAACCCGUCUCUGCUGGGGAUCCUGUACGGGAAGAAGUACGAGGCGGACAUGUGUGUGAGGAGAUUCCCUCUGGAGGAGAUCCCGCAGGAUGAGAAGGAAGCAGCCCAGUGGCUCCAUAAGCUGUACCAGGAGAAGGACGCGCUGCAGGAGAUGUACAACCAGGAGGGCGUGUUUCCCGGAGAGCAGUUCAAACCCGCCAGGAGGCCGUGGACGCUCUUGAAUUUCCUCUUCUGGGCCACGGUCCUCCUGUCUCCUCUUUUCAGCUGUGUCUUAGGCGUCUUUGCAAGCGGCUCGCCCCUCCUGAUCCUGACGUUCCUGGGGCUUGUCGGGGCAGCUUCCUUCGGUGUCCGCCGACUCAUAGGAGUAACUGAAAUAGAAAAAGGCUCUAGCUACGGAAACCAAGAAUUUAAGAAAAAGGAGUAAUCGCUGGCUCUGACGACUGCACAAGCUAACCUGACGGUGGUAUCCAAUUAACUCAAUUAAAACCAGAACAACACACGCAGAUCGGAAAAAAGACACUUAGAAACUAUUUUUCUUAUUAACUGGUGACUAAUAUUGACCAAUAAACCUUGAGCCAAGAGAAAAGCCGUCGGAAGGCCUGCAGACGACGCCAGCCGCGCCCCUGCGCAGGGUCCCCGUGCCCUCCGGGGAGCCAGGCUCCGAGGGCGGCGUGCGUGCUCUGGGGGGGGCAGCGUGCGGGGGGAGGGGCCACUGCUGGGUGCCGGGUCCCACCGCCGCAAUCUCGCGAGAAUUCUGCCUGCCAGGGAGCGCCUUCGGAUGCUUUCUCUUCUUAAACUUAGAUCCCAUUUCUGGUUUUUAUCAGUGAUUUUGGGAGCUCCCUCGGCCCCUUGCCCCGGCAAACCUUCCCCUGCCCUCCUGGGACGGAGGAUAUGUAGGCCCCAGACCCCCAAGCACCUGCCCAUCCCGCCUUCACACUUCCAGCCGGGGGAGGGGGACGCACCCGGGAGUCCGGGGCGGGGGUGCGCACGCGGGUGUCCUCGAGAGCGGCCGACCGCCGGGUGGAUGGGCAGCCUGCCCCCAGGCUGGCGGUGGGGACGCCCCAUUCCAGCUCCCUGCCUCCUACCUGAGCCUGUGUGCAAGCACCUUCCUUCUGUUUCUAAAGUGAACGGGCCCCCGAGGUCCCCGUUCCUCUCUCCCUGCUCAGUCGUCACCCCUCUACCGGGCCGCACCCCUGCCGUCAGCUCUGGGGACGGCUGCCUGCAGCCCGCGGGCCUCGUGGAUGCUUGUUGAAAACAAUGUCCCCGCUAGACCUGUCUUCUGGAGGUGGUUGGGGACUGUUAGCUUGGAGCCCGUUGGUUUCUAGGGGUUUACCUUUGCAGUUGGUCUGUUGACGGCUCCCAGCGCCCUGAGAAGUAGAGGUGGUGGGGCUCCCCCGACACCCCCACCCGCUCUUCCUCGGAGCAGGCACCCAGUUCUGGGGGGGGGGGCUGCCUCUGUGCCCGGGCUUCCCCCCAGGAGCCUGGGAGCACUGCCUGCCUCCGCCCCCCCUGCCGGGGGGUGUCAGCCAGGGUCCUCACCUGGCUGCAGCCCUGGGGGUGGGGCAUGGGGCACCCCAGGCUCCACUCAAGCACGCGCUGUCUGCCAGUCCGUCAGACUUCCUUCUUAAACUCCCAUGUGCUGUUUUCAAGUCACACACCCCUCGCCUUUUAUUUUAUUUUAUUUUAUUUUAUUUUAUUUUAUUUUUUAGCAAGGGAAGGAAAACUAAUGGGUUAGCCCUGGUGCCCUGUAACCAGCGUGUGAGUAGCGGCAGUUGGAAUUUUCUAGGGAAAAAAGCUGGAAGAAAGAGGCACGGGGAAAAACAGGAACUGAAUUGGACACAUGAGUCUGCAUCAGCCCGAAGCAUGUGCUUUGGGAGGCUCUCUCGGGACCGCACAUGGUCUUCAGGACAGGGCACCGCUGGGCCCUGUGUGAGAGCACCCCCCACCCCCUGCAGGGAGUGACAGCCUUGGGUUUGAGUGCCUGCGCCGACGUGCUGCUCCCCCGGCUUCCGUGUUUGUGCCCUGCGCUAACUCAGUAACACCCCAAACAUCUGGAGGACGGUUGGCGGGCACUACUGUGCCGGUGCGGUCCCUAGAAGGUUCCAAUUGAGGUCUUGUACCUUUUAAUUCAUAGUUCUCCUUGGCCAGAUAUGUUCCCUCCCCUUGAAAUGAAUGCGAACCGGUGCGGUCCCCACGGAGCCCACGGAGCCCGAGGGAGGCGAAGGUUUCCCAUCUCGGUGAUUCCCUUCCGACCUAACACGGAUGAGCUCCUGCACUCGAUCCCAAGGCCGUGAGAGCAAUAAAAACUACACCAUGAAUGUUUGGGGUUUUUGGGUUUUUUUGGAGGUGGGUGGGUUUUGCUUUUCAUCCACUUUAGAAGGAAGGGGGGGCUCCUUUAAUUAUCAAAUUUAAUAAAUGGCAGAAUAGUGCUUUUCUUUUUUCUUUUCCUUCACGCCCCACAACUGAACUCCGUUAGCUGCCAGUCACGUCCGAAUUGAGGCUGCGUGUUUGUUCAGGCCUGGCCGGCGGCGGCUUGGGGGUGCUCGGGGCCUGGCCUCUGGCGCCCUCCACGCUGCGCCGGGGCAUGGCGAGGUCAGGAGGUGUCGGCAGACCCCCCUCGGCUGGGCCAGCUGGCGGCUCGUGUGGGCCUCCGGAGCCCACGCCCCCACCCGCUGGAGGAGCAGAGGGAGGCCCCCCGCGAGCUCCCAGCCUGGGGACUCUCAGGUGCCAGGUGCCAUGUCUGGUCCUCCCCGCAUGCGUGUCGGCCCUGCCCAGCACGUGGAGUUUGGUUGUGGGCCCUCCCCACGUGUCCAGCUGGGGAGAGGACCACAGACUCUUUGCCCCCCCCCCGCCGAGUUCCAGGGGCUUCUAAAGUGUCUGUGUUACUUCCCAGUGACCCUGUGGCAGCUAGCAGCACCUGGGGACCCUGUGACGGCGAAGUCAGUGACCGUCCAUGCCGAGUGCAGGCGGGGAGGCCCUGGAGAGGGGCUUAGCUGGUCAGAAAGAGCAUGUCCUCAUUUGCAAUUAAUCCAAAGGCAGAAGUGGCCCCAGUCACACUGGGUCUGGUGGCAGCAUACUGCUUGGGUCCCCUCCGGCCCCUGUCCUCAGGAAGCACACAGUCUAGUUGUAGAGAUGAGCUCUGAAUCCGCAGACGGCUGACGAGCAGCCGAAAAGGACGAGCCAGCACUGCCUUGUACCCAGUGCCACCGUGGCCACUGACGGGUUCUGAACCUCCACUUGUCUGUCCCCGUUACCCCCUCCCCGCGCGCCACGGCUCGGGAACCUUCUUCCACUCGCUCCGUUACUGAGCGUUGAAGUCGAUCUGAAGAAAAAGUAGUGCGUGCAGUCAUGUGCAGUUCGAGAGAGUGUCGUCUGUCCGUGCCCACAUGGCUGCCGAUUUGUGUCAUAUUUGGGCUGAAACAGUAACUCUCUGCAUGUUCUUUGUCUCCACUCGAGACACUUCUAGGACAAGCCAAAUAGGAUCUUUUCAGCCCGCUGAUUCUCAGCCGAACUGUUCCACCUUGUGCGUAAACUCCUGCUUCAGAUUUCUCCCCCAAACCUGCAUGCUCUCGCGGGCAUGCGGCACUCGGUGUCCAACGGUGUGAUGCGGCCUCUAACUCUUAUGCAGUGUACCCAGGCUCAGGGUCGACGUGGAGGGCCCGGCAUGCCUGCCUGCUUCCUCCGGACAUGGCACGUCCUCGGCCCACAUCUGCCCCUUCCUCUCAUAGCUCCUGAAGAAGAGCGAGCCUCUGUGCGCGCCUGGGCCGUGGGGCCGCCGGGGUGCACGUGGAUGCCACGCCCGGGCUCCAGGGUCUCCCCUCUCGGGGCCCAGACACACCACACACACACACACACACACACACACACCACACACACACACACACGGUUGGGUUUGGGGUAGAAGACAUCACACUCGGUUCUGCUUGGUUGAGGGGUGGACACACGUGAACUGAGUGUCACCACAAGCAUUUGCUGCUGUCCAGUUCGGUGAGCCGCUGACGGACAUAAGAAGACAAAGGCGCUUUUAGGGGACCCAGGAGACGGCCAGAGAAGCUGGCACCAGUCAGCCCCGCCAGCGGCUGGCUGUGCUUUUCAAAGACAAUUGCUCAGAAGGUUUAAGCCUCGUCAUGACAAAUUCACCUGCCGUUCUCUUUGCUCAUAAACUUUUUAGUUUCUUUCUGUUGCAAAGGGGGACAGAAGUCGCACUGUGAGAGAGACCCUGACUUGCACUAAAUGACUUAAACUGGUUGACUUAAGGCACUGGUUGAAUCAAACCCGAGUGGCUUGAUUCAACGAAGAGACGCAUCUGCCUGCUUGUAUUUAUUGUCUCAGAGUUGUGCGCUGUGACAAUCAGACAUGACUUGCCUAAUGCCGGGGAAUCCAACUGGCUUCUUGCUCAUAAGACCGUCCGUAAGCACCGUGACUGUAAUGGGGCGCGCUCCCGGGAGAAACCGCGCAAAACAUGGACUCGGUGCAGGCGCCGGACGCGGAGGUUCAUUUUCUAUCACCGAUAACCUGUUGCACUGACUGUCGGCCAGUUUCAAAGGGUGAUAAAUUAUAUACAGGGUGCAAAUGUACUAUAUGAAUGUUUCCUUUUGUACACUUCAUUUUUUACAAGUUUUGCUACUCACGAGCUGUAUGUAGUUGAGGAUAGCGGUAUUUUUGGCCUCUAGGAGCCUGUGGGGGUCAGGCGGGGCUUGGGGGAGCUUCCCUAGAUCUUAAAAGCAUGUGUCCCAAACGGCUGGCCAUGUUUGCCACACUCCGUAAAGCUCCCUCUGUACGUGGGCAUGUGCGAACCUGCCUGUGCGAUGGUACUUUCCAGAUAAAGUGCUGCAGGCGCCAUGCGUGUUUAUUAAAAUUGCUGCCAUCACAGAGAAGGACAAAACCGCCACAGUAGAGAGGAGAGUGACCUCAGCCUCCUUCUGCGCCUGCGCUUCCAGCCUGGGGCUCCCAGGGAAGCGGGGAACCCAGCCCCCACCUGGCCUCCCCGGCCUGCCGGCGACGGGCACACACCACCCCGGGGGGGGGGCACUCUUUGAGCUGUCCUGCUGGCUGCUCUUUUCAAGCUUCUCCAUUUCAUAGAAGAUGCUUCUAGAAGGGGAAAUUGCAAAGGAGAGUGACCAUCUGGCAAGGGCAAAGGAGAAACUCAGCAGGUGCAUAAAGUGCUAAGUGACCCUCUGCCUCAAAAUGGGUCUUAAAAGCCAUCAAGAACAAAAGGUUUUCCAGUAGGCAUGUAUAUAUCAAAAAUUAUUUUUUUGUAAGAACAAAUUCAUUCUGUGGAGAAAACCAAGGAACAACUUUUCUUCUUUAUAAAGAAACGGACUCUUGUUAGAACCUAUCCCAGGUUCCCGUCUGUCUUGUGAAAAUAAACUGAGCUGAAAGA